GCGCUUUUGGGGGUGCGCUGCGCCUUUAAGGGAGGAGAUAGGGGGCGGAGCUGGCUUCCCGCCCGUUACAAAGAUGGCGGAUGACCCGGAAGUGGUUUUGGGGGGGGCGAGGAGGAGGAGGAGGGAAGGGGGAAUCAUGGCGGCGACCAGGACGGUGGCGGCAGCGGCCUUGGAAGUAGCGGCCACGGUACCGCGGGACGUGGUGCUUUUUCGACACGAACGCGAUCGUUUCUUUCGCCUAGCCGGAUUUUUUUGUGCGGGUCAAGGAAUAUUUUGGACUUAUUUAGCUCAUUUUGCAUUUACGGAACUUCGACCAACACCCGGUCCCGGUCCUGAUGAUCCUCUUCGCCCCCGAGAUCAUAAAUGGCGUUUCGGAUUCACCGCUUCUUGUCUCACACUCGGCUCAUUGAUCGUGGCCGCCGGUUGCCUGUUUCCCCUGCGUUCCGUGAGACGGGUAACGCUUCUCCGCGGAGGUACGGAAGUGGCCAUCAGCACCCACGGGCCAUUGGGGCUGAGCCGAGGUCCCACCUUCACCGUCCCGUUACGCCACGUCUCCUGCCGCGCUCACCGGUCCGAAGUACCGGCCGCCAUCCCCCUCAAAGUGAAGGGUCGACCCUUCUUCUUUCUGCUGGACAAACGGGGGCAGCUCUGUAACCCUCGCCUCUUUGACAUCACCGUCGGUGCCUACCGUAAGCUCUGAAAAAUUGAGGCGGGGAGAAACCGGGACUGUUCACCCCGGGGUUUUUUUUUGCCUCCCAAUAAACCCUGAGCCAUC